CCUCCAAGUGUUUUGUUCUUAGCUUCUUUGAAAGUUUUGGUCGUUGAUUGACUUAUUCAUUAGUUGUGAAUUGAUUUCGGAUUGGCGUCGGCGUGUAAAAUGAGUUUGAAUGAACCGUUGAUAGAUAGAAAAGAAGAUGUUUAUUCUAUUCUUCGAACUUAUUACUACCAGUUUCCUCGAGUUAGGGGAGACUUGAAUACUCCACGUCCUGCAGCUUGUUUCUCCCCUCACAUCUUUGGGGCUGGCAAGAGUUUUGUUGGUGAAAAUUUUUUAGAGUUUCUAAAAAAAUUCGCCGACGAAGAAGAAGAGCAGACGAAGACGGAGGUUUUCAACAAGAGCUCAUCGGGAAAAGUUGAUUUGAAAAUUUUUUCUUGGAAACACUUUGCGGAAAACACUUUGUCAGUUUACUUUCAAUUAGAAGAGAGCUUUUCUCGUGCUCCUUUUCCAAGGUUUCUAGAGGCUUUGAUGUAUAAUAUAAUUUUGAACGCUUACCGACAAAAUGGUAAAGAUACGGACGCUCUUCAGAUGGCUCAGAGGAUGGUAAAGAAAUUCGAUACUGUAGGAGCUAUUGAUUAUCUUCUCGAACAAUUUGAGAAACAAUAUUUAUUUUUGAUGAUAGACGAACUUAGUCAUCUGAGUGACCUCACCAAAUACUAUAGUGAACUUACCAUGAAACAGUUUGUCGAGUCUGACCCAAAAUAUGUACCUUUUCGGAAUUUCUUCCGCAUUCUGCGUAGUUUUUUGAUUACAGGGAAGGUAAUUGUCUAUUUGGCAGGUCGAACUGCUGAAAUCUCAGCCCCCUUGUCUGAUACUCGCUCCAGUAGAGUGAGUCUCCGUAUGUUGCGGUUGAAUCCCUUUAAUCUCCAUGAUAUUAACGAAUAUAUUGAGCUGGCAACUUAUGAUGGAAAGUCCUUGAAGGACUGGUUAUUGCCGUCAGAUGAUUUACGACAUCGAUUCGUAGAAUUGUUGAAAAGGAAGACAGGAGGUAUUCCGUUGAUUGUAAGGAAUACUUUAUUAGCCCUAGUAGAGAAAGUUGCAAACUUAUCUCAACCUGCUAUCAACGAUGACAAUAUGGAAUUUUUAUUAGAUAGUGUCUUUGAAGAUAUACUAAAUGAGUCGGGAACUUUUAUUAUUCCGGAGAUACUAGAUUCCGCAACCCUUCUUCGAUAUCAAUUUGUCCUUUUGAGUUAUCAACUCGGAACGAUUUUCCCAAUCGGAUUUGCAACUACUCUAUGUGGAACGAGAACUUAUUUGAUGGACUUGGUUGCAACUUUUGGGUUUUAUUCUGAAAUUUGUGAAACUGACGGGAUUGAUUUGGGCACAAAGUUCAAGAUUGGUUGUUGUGAAUUUAUAUUGCGAGCUCAUAGCAACUAUAACUUUUUCCGUGAGGCUACUGAACUCUUUCCUUUAUCUCCGUUUAGUUAUAUUCCCGACACUUCAACAGCAAAAGGAGUCUUCUUUGAAUUUGUAUUUAUGAAGAUCUUUUGCUUUCGCUUAUUAACUUUUCUUCAUUCUAAUUCCUCGCCUAUUGUACAUUCUGCUAUUCCAGGAAUUUUCCAGGGUUCUUUUAUUGAACAGGACAAUGUUUCUUAUUCUAUGGAAUCAACAAUAUGUUAUGAUAUACCCAUCUUGAGAGAUGUCUCUGAUUCAUUUUCUGACCAUUAUGGAAAAUAUUUACAACGUUGUGGUAUUUUUGUUCCAAAAGAUGGCAAUUCGAGUGGUCCUGAUGCAUAUGUUGUAUUCCAUAAUGGACAAACACGUUAUGUUGUUGGAUUUUCAUUUACAUUUUAUCACAAAACUGAAUUUUCGAAGAGAGAUAUUGAGAAGGAAGCAAAACAAUUUUUCCAAGAAGUUAUUUCCGUUUUGAAUGACGGAUCUCCUUCAUCUGUUCAACUUUGUUUUCAGUUUGUGGUGGUAGUUUGUACUCGAUAUGAUCGAUCUGUAGGUUUCUCUGUUGAAGAACAAAAUAUUGUUGAGGAUGCAAGUUAUUUGGUAACUGAACAUUCUGCUACUGGGUCAACUUUGAAUGAAAGUAGUCGAUCAUGUAUGCAAUUGAUAGUUGUUUCCCAAAGGAACCUUGAACGAUUUUUGGGAAUAGAUAAUGUCGAUAUUUUGAGGAAAAUUGGGAAAGCAAACCGAGAAGAGUUCAGUAAAGACUUUUCAGUAUGGUGCAAAACUGUCUUUGAGUCGAUGUCCAAUGAAUAUGUUUCAUCUUUGGAAGCUGAGCAAUCAAAUGUUAUUUCAAGAGUGGCUCAACAUAUGGGACGGAGAAUAAAUGAGGAGAAUCGUAUGCGAAUGGAAGGUUUUCAAAGUUCUAUACAACUGGAAAAAGAUAAAACAAGAAGAGAACAAGUAUCGAGUGGUAUAAAUACACAUUUUGACUGGAAAGAGUUUCUUUGCAAGUCUGCGUUAUUACCGGAAGAAGUUGCCACUCGUUAUGCUUUGACAUUUCCUCGUAUAUUUGGAGAUAAUCCUCAAGUGAUUCGAAGAAAGUCACUAGAGUUGAUGGGUAUACCAGAGCAAUACAUUCAAAAAAUUCUAAGAGCUGCAGUAUUAUUGAAAGAAAACACAGAAAUGAAAGAAUAAUCAGCUGCUUUCAAAUUUGUGUUAUUGAGGGACAUUCUUUUUAGAACAUAGAGUGGAAGGUGGUAGAGGGAGAGAGAGAGAGAAAAUGAGAGAGUUCUUUGUGCUUUUAUUCUAAUUGAAGCUUACAACAACAAAGCUUAUCUCUGUUUGUAAGCUUUUAUAUUUUCCAUGAAAACGGACGAAUAAAACUAUGUUUUUUGUG